UUAAAAUGGGAGUGAUGGGGUUACGUGAAAAUAUUGAUUAGAAUUGUAGUUUUGGAAUGAAUUCUGCUGUACUUCCUAAGCAUGUAGCUGCUGUUGUAAAACACCAAAAAGACCCACUAAGGGCACUAGAAAUGUUCAAUUCAGUUAAAAAAGAAGAUGGGUUUAAGCAUAAUUUGUUAACUUAUAAAUGUAUGGUUGAAAAGCUUGGUUAUCAUGGGGAAUUUGAAGCCAUGGAAGGUAUGAUUGCGGAGAUGAGGAUGAAUAUGGAUAAUGGCUUGUUGGAAGGAGUGUAUACUAGUGCCAUUAGAAAUUAUGGUAGGAAAGGGAAGAUUCAAGACGCUGUUAAUGUGUUUGAGAGAAUGGAUUUUUACAAUUGUGAGCCGUCAGUGCAAUCUUAUAAUGCAAUUAUGAAUAUAUUGGUUGAGCAUAAGUAUUUUGAUCAAGCACACAAAGUGUACAUGAGAAUGAGAGAUAGAGGGAUUCUUCCUGAUGUAUAUACCUUCACAAUUAGGAUAAAGUCGUUUUGUAGGAUGAGGAGACCGCAUGCUGCCCUGAGGCUUCUCAACAACAUGCCAGCCCAAGGAUGUGAGUAUAAUGCAGUUGCCUAUUGUGCAGUGAUCAGGGGAUUUUAUGAAGAGAAUAAUCCAGGUGAGGCAUAUGAAUUGUUUGUUGAGAUGCUCAGACUAGGAUUCUUGCCUAAUAAUAUCACAUUUAAUAAGCUUAUACACACUCUUUGUAAGAAUGGGGAUGUCCAAGAAAGUGAAAGACUUCUCAACAAGGUUUUCAAGCGGGGGGUGUCCCCAAAUUUGUUCACGUUCAAUAUAUUCAUUCAAGGCCUUUGUAGAAAAGGUAUGCUUACUGAGGCUGCCAGGAUGUUGGAUAGUUUGAAAAAGGAUGGUUUAACACCUGAUGUUGUCACAUAUAACACUUUUAUAUGUGGCUUGUGUAAGAACUCUAAGGUUGUGGAAUCGGAGUGCUAUUUGCAUAAAAUGGUGAAUCUGGGGUUGGUCGCUGAUGCUUUCACAUAUAAUACAGUUAUUGAUGGAUACUGCAAACUGGGGUUGGUAGAAAAUGCAGACAAGAUUCUCAAGGAUGCAGCUUUUAAGGGAUUUGUGCCUGAUGAGUUCACGUACUGCUCCCUAAUUAAUGGUUUAUGCCAGAAUGGUGACAUAGAUAGGGCUAUGGGUGUGUUUAGCGAGGCGUUAGGGAAGGGCUUAAAACCUAAUGUAAUUUUCUAUAACACAAUAGUUAAAGGGUUGUCCCAACAGGGACUUAUUGUGCAAGCCCUGCAGGUGAUGAAUGAGAUGCCCAAAAAUGGUUGCAGCCCUGAUAUAUGGACAUAUAAUUUAGUUAUAAAUGGAUUGUGCAAGAUGGGUUGUGUAUCUGAUGCCAAUAAUCUUAUGAAUGAUGCUAUGGCCAAAGGAUUUCUUCCGGACAUAUUCACCUUUAAUACUCUGAUUGAUGGUUACUGCAAACAGUUAAAGAUGAACAAUGCGAUUGAGAUUAUAAAUAACAUGUGGGAGCAUGGUGUUAGUCCUGAUGUUAUCACGUAUAACUCAGUAUUGAAUGGCCUCUGCAAAACUGCAAAAUCUGACGAAGUGAUGGAAACUUUCAAAGCUAUGGUGGAGAAGGGGUGUGUGCCUAACGUUAUCACGUAUAAUAUACUCGUAGAAAGUCUGUGCAAAGCUCGAAGAUUGAUGGAUGCUUUGGACUUGCUUAAGGAACUGGAAAAGAAGGGUCUGAUUCCCGAUGAUGUUAGUUUUGGCGCAUUAAUCAAUGGGUAUUGUGAGAAUGAGGAUUUGGAUGGAGCGUACCAGCUAUUUAGAAGAAUGGAGAAACAAUAUAAAGUUUCUCACACGACAGCAACUUACAACAUCAUGUUAAAAGCAUUUUCUCAGAAGCUAAACAUGGAAAUGGCACAAAAGCUUUUUUGUGAGAUGUGUGGCCAUGGCUGCCCCCCAGAUGAUUAUACUUACCGAGUAAUGAUAGAUGGCUUCUGCAAAACAGAAAAUGUUGAUUCUGGGUACAAUUUCCUCCUCGAAAAGAUGGAUAAAGGGUUUAUUCCUUCAUUGACAACGUUUGGGCGAGUAAUAAAUUGCUUGUGUGUAAAGCAUAAAAUACAUGAAGCAGUUGGUAUUGUUCGCCUUAUGGUGCACAAGAGGAUUGUCCCUGAUACUGUAAACACAAUUUUUGAAGCUGAUAAAAAGGAGGUAGCAGCACCUAAGAUUGUUGUGGAAGACUUAUUGAAGAAAAGUCAUAUAACUUAUUAUGCGUAUGAACUUUUAUAUGAUGGUGUUAGAGACAAGAAGCUAUUAAAGACAAAGCUUCCAAAUAAGCGUGCACAGGACUCCAGAAGAACUUGCUGA